AGCGAGCUCUGGGGCCCUCUCUGCUGUUUGUCUUAAGAACGCGAUGUUUUCCUAUCGAUAUGAGCGAAUCGAUGUUAUCGCGGCGCACGGAUAAAAUAGGACGCAAAUUUAAAAAAAGGGGGAUUCUUUAUACGAAAAUUUCUUGUAAAACUCCUCUGUUAAAUGCCCGUGAAUUUCUCGUCAAUCUACCGUUCCAUUGGCUCCUUCUCGAUAGUGCAACGCACAUCAAAAAUAAACACUUGUGACGUAUCUGGGAGACGAAGAAUUUUCGAAAUAUUAUAAUGAGACCAGCAACGAUCGUUGUUUGCAACUCGGGCAGCAGUGCGGCUGCACAGCAUAUAUCUGAGCUCGACGAAAGAUCGAUUGACCUGCGUUCGUACCUGCGUUCAGUCGCACAACAAGUCCGGACGACCAGAUCCUUCGUUAAAUACCGAAGGGAAUAAUGAUCCUCGAUCCUUGCAUAUUUUUCUCUUUGUGCAAAUGUCUUGGCCUGAAGUUAUUUUUCUCUUUGUGCAAAUGUCUUGGCCUGAAGUUAUGCUACCGGGAAAUACUUGGAGUCAAAAGAUUCCGAAGUCACCGCGAAAGAACUGUAAACAAUAGGCGAACGUCGUGAAGCGCGCUGAUCGCGUUUGCGGAAAAUAAUCACGAUUUCUCGAAUCGCCGAUUGCAUGUCCCACGGCCAGCUGAUAACACGCGCUGUUUGCACGCGUCUGACGCCGUUUGCACGACGACGAGAAAACGCGGCAUUCGACUGCGCUCGACACGUUACUUCUUCGCGCAAACGUGUAAUUACGAUACGCUCAUUUCUCAGCCGAUCUUGCCUUAUUAAUCUCAGGCUUGUCAUUAGUAACAGCAACAAUGCAACAAAUCGCCGCAGCGCGCAAGUCCUAGACGGAUUCUUCCGCAAUUAUCCCGACCGCGAAAGUCUUUCAUCGUUGCGGACGCCGUUACGGAAAUCGAACAUUUUCUGCGGCCGGCGAUAUUACGGCAGCAAAUCUCGGUUGCAUGCUAUGCGGAAUCGUAGUGAAAAACGCGCUGUUAUUGGGAUAGGUCGAUAUUACGAAUUGCAAAAGCACAGACGUAAAACAAGCGAGAAAUUAUGUGCAACACGUUGCGGCGGCACAUCGUUGAAUAAAGGACUAAGGCGCCGUAAAGGAUGCGCAGGGCGGCGGGAGAGGCGAGGUAAGAACGGCGCGUUAGAGUCCGGCUUUUGGCACAGCACUGACUGUAUCGCGGCGUCUGAUUGGACAGCGACGGCGAUGCACACACCGUUGAAGUAGCCGCUAUCGGCGUGCGUAUGUCGACAACCGUGCAAGCGAGAGAGGAAGCGAAAGAGCCGACGGGUGAAGAGAGCAGGGUCCGAUUAUGUCCGAGCGCCGGCGGACACGUCCGACGUGAAAUAGCCGACAAUUGACGCGAUAGAGAGUUUGGGAAGAGGAGCGACAGGCGAGAGGAGACACGCUGUUCUCUCGGCUGUACCGCUUCCCCUUUUUCAAUUUUAUCGACGUCGCUAUGCGAAAACUAGAUGAGAGAAAGAGAGAACCGAUUGCUUUUUCUGCAAAUAAUGGAUGGCCCAGGUACCAUUACGUGGGAAGAAUUUGUUGAGAAUGCAAGACAGUUUCUUGCUCUUUCAGACAAACUAUCUGAUGGAUGGGAAUUCCGUGGUGAUCAGGAUAUUCCUGGACAAGCAUACCUAGUUAGGAAAGCCGUGUGCUUCCUACCAGACGACUCUAUUCUAAGGAACGGCGAAGCGACCGACGAUAACGACAACAAUGACGACGACAUCGAGGAAUUUCAAGCGAGAUUUCAGGAGGAUCCGUACGAAGCUCCCUCCGCGGCCGAGACGCCCUUCAUUACUGAACACCAUAUAUUGUGGUCUAUUUCCCCGGCAUUAAUCCAGUGAGCGUGAACGAGGCUCAAACGGUCCACAGUUCCAAAUUAAAUUAUAUGGAAUUAUCGCAGGCAAUCCACCCUAUCGUCGGCACUCCGUUCCUACAAUUACACCCGUGUCUGUCGCAGGAGUUGCUGCGAGGCAUGCC